AUGAAGACUCACAACGGGGAGAAGCCCUUCCGCUGCCCGCACUGCCUUUACGCCUCUUCUCAGCUCGUCAACCUCAAGCGCCAUCUUCUGACUCACACCGGGGAGAAGCCUUUCCACUGCGAACUCUGCACCUUCUCCUGCAGCAGUCCAGGCAACCUGAAACGCCACCAGAAGGUCCACACCCAGGACAAACCCUUCACCUGCCACCUGUGCCCUUACCGCUGUAACCAGAGCCGCAACCUUAAACGCCACAUCCUGGCGCACCGGAGGGGGCAGCAGAAGGAAAGGCGUGAAGAUGUGUCUGCGGCAGCCCUGGCCCUCCCGGUGACCUCCGAUGACCUGGAAGUCUUUCUGCCAGCUUGUGUCCGCUUAAGCCGCGCCCCAUCCUCGCCCGUUCUGCAGCCUUCGGCAGAUGACGGCCUCCCGGAGCUGCUUUUCCCCUUCACAUGCCGCUCUUGCGGCACAGUCCUGGAUGAAGGCAGCCCUCAGGAUGAUGAUGGUGAGAUGGACGGACAGUUCUGCUCGCGCUGUAGCCCUUCGGGGAGCCCCGACAAAGGGAAAACGCACAGCGGGGAGAAGCCCUACAAGUGCCACCUGUGCUCCUACGCCUCGGCACAUUACGACAACCUAAAGAGACACCAGCGGGUUCACACCGGGGAAAAGCCCUACAAGUGCCAGCUGUGUGACUACGCCUGCGGCAACCUCGCCAACCUAAAGAGGCAUGGGCGCAUCCACUCCGGGGACAAGCCCUUCCGCUGCAGUCUAUGUAACUACAGCUGUAACCAAAGCAUGAACCUCAAACGUCACAUGCUGCGCCACACUGGCGAGAAGCCGCUUCGCUGCGCGCAGUGCCACUACACCACCGGCCACUGGGACAAUUAUAAGCGUCACCAGAAGACGCAUGGACACUCUGGAGGACCCAACGAGCCCUUGAGGUCUGAUGGAUCAUAG